AUGUCGCCGAGGGAUCCUCAGCCCCUGCACCCUGACUCCGGAGCCGCUUCUUCAAUCCACGUCGAUCCCAAGGCCCAGAACCAUGUCUUCUCUCGACCUCAACUUCCCACCACUGGAGACUCCCGCUCCUUGACCGCGCCUUCGGCAACAGACGCCGCCGCCACCCAUGAAUUUAAACUUCGAAACAACCGCAGCGCGAUGCUGAACUCGGACAUCGACCCCAUCAACUUCCCCUCAGAACCUUACGGCGACUCGUCUGCCUUUUCCAUCCAAGGCUUAACCACCUCCAGCCCACCAGAAAACCAGUCAAAAUCCUUCUCUUUCUUCCCGACCGUCAAUUUGCCCUCCGGAGACUCGGGUCCACCACCGGUCGACUCGGAUUUUCAACACCAACUCGACCGCCCACCCUCGCCCGGUUCCACCAACCCACUUCGAAUACAUACCGACCUCCACUCGACUUUUGUAUCCAGGGCCGACUCAACUCACCGCGGCCCGGAGAGGUCGAACCCGACUUCCAACUUGCCCGUCUCUCGCAAGUCGUCUCCGCCCGGCCUGAAACCGGUAUCACGGACUCCAAGCUUCAAGUCUGCCGCCUUCGGCCGUGGCUUUGGUUCUGCCACGAGCUCUAGAGUCUCGAGCCCCGUCAUAACCGCUAUGGGCGAUCUGACGCCACUCCCAUCCCCAUUACUCUCCGGCGACUCGCCCGGCCCUUGGAAGCGCCUCGGCGCCCGACCUCCCUCGAGGGAACUCCAGCCACUGCCUACGAUAAUGGCCGAGUCAGUAUUGGUCACCAGAAAUGGCGAGUCAAUAGCUGCCGCCAUGGCACACCAGUCCAAACGAAAGGCUCUUACAGGGACGGAAAAGACUUCUGGGGAAGAUUCGGGUAGCAACUCAGAAAAAGAUGCCUCAAGCAAGGUCAAAGUACACACACGCAACAGGAGCGUUAGCGAAUACCAUCCAGACGCCCUGAACAUUCCAAAGCGCAUGGUUAGCGUCUCCGGAUCUCAUGUGUCUAACCCAGGCAACACCUCAAUGCGCCGAGAAGCCCACCUCUCAGAAGCCCGGGGGUUGACGCCAAUAGAGAAACCCCCAAGCCCGCCGCCGAGCGAAUCCUCCAUUACAACUGCCGAUACUUCUGCAACGCCACUCAAGGAGACCCCGCGAUAUGAGUACUUCGAUGCUCAGGGGAGAAAGGAUGGCAAGCUUCGGAGAUGGAGGGCUGUCAAGUCACUGGGCCAGGGCACAUUCAGCCGAGUUGUGUUGGCGACAAGCCAAUUGGCUGCAUCAGAAGAGGAACUAGAACUGGAGGGCAAGGUAGACACAGGCCUGUUGACACCUGAACCACCUUCAAGUCUUGACCGAAAGUCACUGGUCGCUGUCAAGGUCUGCGAACACGGCCCCAAAGGCGGCGCUUCUGAGGAUCGGGUCGAGAUGAGCUUGAAACGUGAACUUGAAAUCAUGCAGAGCAUACAUCACCCAUGUCUGGUGGACCUCAAAGCCUUCAGCAUCGAGCCGACCCGUGCUAUCCUGGUCCUUAGCUACUGUAUCGGCGGCGAUCUAUUCGACGUAGCUACACGACAUCGAGAGCUUCUCGUGCCCUCGCUCCUCCGGCGCAUUUUUUCCGAACUCGUCGUCGCAGUUCGCUACCUUCACGAAAGGCACAUCGUACAUCGUGACAUCAAGCUCGAGAACGUCCUCGUCAACCUCACCCCACAGGAGCUUUCCGACCGGACCGUCGACUGGCAGAACUACCCGUACAGCGUGAUUACAUUGACCGAUCUUGGCUUGUCCCGGAGAGUCGCGGAUGACGAAAAGCUCACUACCCGCUGUGGCAGUGAGGACUACGCCGCCCCAGAGGUCAUAAUGGGCCUACAGUAUAACGGUCACGCCACGGAUGCAUGGUCAUUAGGUGUACUGCUCUACGCUCUGCUCGAGAGCAGGCUGCCAUUCGACCCACCACCCGGAAUGAGCGACGCGCUCCGCAUGCGCAGUCGGACCAGUCAUCGCAUCGCCCGCGUGGAGUGGCAGUGGAUCAGAUAUGCUGGCGGUGACGGCGACCAUGAUGGCGAUAUCCAGAAGUUCGAGAAGGAGGGACUGUUGGGGGCGAUGGAGGUCACCGAGGGCUUGCUACAACGAUCCAGGAGUCGAUGGUCGCUCGAGAAGGUGGCGGAGAUGCCGUGGGUGAAGGCAGGCAUUUCUGUCGAGGGCGGCAUAAAGUUCAGGGAGGAAAAGGAGGGCAAGAUCGUAUGA